AUGUCGCUCCAAGACCUUGGAAAGGAUGACAUAUCGGAGGAAACGCACCACUUGCUGGAUAAAGUCGCCAGCAAAGAUUCUGAGAAUGCUGGCUUGCGCUCCCAACUUCUCAAACGCGAGGCUGACUUAAACGAACUGAGGUCUGUCCUGGAUGAGACCAUCAACAAGCUUAGGACUGAGGCAGACCGCGCGCUUCGAUUUGAGGCGGACCUGACGCGCAAAUCGGAAGAACUCAGCAAUGAGAAGAUUGCCUCGCAAAACGCUGCGUCAGCGCUUCGACUAGCCCAGGAGAAAAUUCAAUCUGAACACAAUGAAGCGCGAACAUUGGAGGCCACCCUCGACACCAUGACUCUCGAGUCUGAUAAUGCUCGAAGUCAACGGCAAGCCCUCGAAACUGAGAACAAGGCUCUCCAGCAACGUAUACAUGCUAUGGAAAUCAAUCUCAAGAACCUUGCGGCGCAACCACCUCCCUCUCAAAUUCCCAAACGUGGUCACCGACCUCGAUCGUCUUCUGUUACAGACUUGCACAAUCCCACUAUGGAGAAGGAAAUUAAUGAUGCUCGUCUUAUGCUUGGCCACAAAGACAAACAGCUUCAGCAAUUAGAAGACAAGCUCUCUCGGUUAGGCACGCAGCUCAUUAGCGCGGAAAACGAACGGGUGGCUGGCGAGCGUUCAACACAAGCUAAGCUGAGGGAGCUGGAAGCCGCUCUGGAGGAGAAGGAGAGGGAGCUCGAGGCUUUGAGAAACAAUGAUGGAGCGGCAAGGGAAGAAGAACUUCUUGCGAGAAUUGACGAGGAUGAAGCGAAGAUUGCUGCGUUGGAGCUUCAACUUCGCCAGAUUCAGGUCCCUCAAACGUCUCAGAAGGAACUUGGCAAACUGCAGGCGCAGCUAUCGGACGAGAAGAAGAAGAGUGCUAAACUGGAGUCAAAGUGCCUUGAGAUACAGGAACAGAAAGAAGACUUGCUGAGGGAGAAAGGCGCUCUUUCCCAAGAGCUCGCUCAGACGUCCCGACAACGAGCAUCUCUGCAACUCGCUGCUUCGCAACAGUAUGCCUCUCGUGAUCUUUGCAUAAUCUUGUUGAUUUAUUGA